AUGGUCAAGCUUUCCGUCUCUUCGCUUGUAGCGGGCGCAGCCCUCGUGGCAGCUCUGCCCUCAUACUUGACUUCUCUCACCGGCCUUUCUCUUCGUGCCUCCAACAGUGGCCAAAUCGCAGCCCGCGAGAUAGGAGGAAAAGUCACCAACAAAAACCUGGCCCGAUUUGAUAAUAGCAAUAUCGAGGAUGGCGUUGGCAAUGGAACUGACUGGUAUCACCUCUAUCUUGGCAACGGAUCUGUCGCUGCCGGGUGGCCCUCCAAAGAUAAAUGGGUUUCAUUUGAGGAUAUGUUCAACAACUACAAACUCCAAAUGUAUGUCGCAUGUCAAUAUCUAAACUGGCGACUUCCCAACAAUGAUAUUGCUGAAGUGCAAGCUAUCUGGGAUGGCAUUCAAGUCGCGGCUGAUGCAACGGGAGUCGAUCAUCGCCUUAUUCUGGCUGUGAUUAUGCAGGAGUCACAUGGCUGCGUGCGGGUGAACACGACUGAUCUUGGCGUCCGCAACCCUGGCGUGAUGCAGAACCAUAACGGCAAAGCCUCCUGCAAUGAUAAUAACAAACUUACGACACCAUGCCCGUCAAAGACUAUCCAUGAAAUGAUCAGGGAGGGUACUGCUGGCACCACCUCUGGCGAUGGCUUGGCUCACUGCAUCAAUCUCUCUGGCAAUGGCGAUGUUUCUGACUACUAUCGCGCUGCUCGUAUCUAUAAUUCUGGUUCAAUCUCAAAGACUGGUAACUUGCAGAGCAACAUUGCUACUCACUGCUAUGCCAGUGAUAUCGCCAAUCGUCUCACUGGCUGGGUCUAUGCACCAUCAACUUGCACCUGUGACGAUGACCCUAAGAGCUGUGGCGUUGCAACAAAUUAAUUUUCUUUUUCCUUUCAUAGAGGGCUUUGCACUUUUUUUUUUAUAUAAAUGUUUUCUUAGGUCUUUUUUCUUUUACGAUGGGACGUCGGGUGGCCAUCAUAUACCCAAGCGCUGAUAUUUAAAAGUUUUUUGGUUCGGCGAUUACUUAUCGCAGUUAUGGUUGCAAACGCAGAUAGAAUCAAACCACAAA